AUGUCUGAAGAAUCCGUUACUGUUUACGAUUACGAAGAAGUUUCCAAACAUAGAUCUCAUGAUGAUUUAUGGGUCUCCCUUAAUGGUAAAGUUUACAAUGUCUCCAGUUAUAUAGAUGAACACCCAGGUGGUGAAGAAGUUAUUCUUGAUGUUGCUGGUGAAGAUGCCACUGAAGCUUUUGAUGAUAUUGGUCAUUCUGAUGAAGCCCAUGAAAUUUUGCAAAAAUUAUAUAUUGGUAAUUUGAAAGGUGCUAAGCCAGUUGAAGCUAAACAUGCUCAAUCUUAUGCUACUGAAGAUAGUGGUAUUAAUUUCCCAUUGAUUGCUGUUGGUGUCUUUUUACUUGCAUUUGGUGCUUAUUAUUACAAAACUAACUUUGCUUAA